UUAAUCUCCCCCUCGGUGCAGCUGCUUUUGAAGUGAGUUUCCUCGCCAGAGCCCCGGCUGGACAAGCAGCAGCUCACAUCGUAGAGCGCAGCGCCGGCUCGGGGCCGCGAGAGCGCAGCGCAAGGGCGCAGCCCGAGGCGGACGCCGCUAACCGCUCCGCGCUCCCGCAGUCCCGCCGGCUGCUCCGGCCGGGCCACCGUUCCACUGCGGGCCACCCAGGAUUAUUCGCCCCUGGCUCCAGGCGCCAAGAAGGCGUACUGGGCGCCUGAGGCCGCCGCGCCAGCUCCUCCUCCUGCUGCUGCUGCUGCUGCUGCUCCUGCUCCCCGGGCGAGCGCGCAGCCCCGAGCCCGCCCCGCGCCUCCGGGAGCCCUCCCCCCGCUGCUCCCAUGCGUGCGGGUGGGUCAUGAGCACAGCGCCCUCGCUUUCUGCCCUAAGAAGCAGUAAGCACAGCGGCGGCGGCGGAGGCGGCAGUGCGGACCCUGCCUGGACCAGCGCUCUCUCUGGAAAUAGCUCCGGCCCCGGCCCAGGCUCGUCCCCGGCCGGCAGCACCAAGCCUUUUGUGCACGCCGUGCCCCCCUCUGACCCCCUGCGCCAGGCCAACCGCCUGCCCAUCAAGGUGCUGAAGAUGCUGACGGCACGGACUGGCCACAUUUUACACCCCGAGUACCUGCAGCCCCUGCCUUCCACUCCCGUCAGCCCCAUCGAGCUGGAUGCCAAGAAGAGCCCGCUGGCACUGUUGGCGCAAACAUGUUCACAGAUCGGGAAGCCGGACCCCUCGCCCUCUUCCAAACUCUCUUCGGUUGCCUCCAAUGGGGGCGGCGCGGGUGGUGCUGGCGGCGGCGCCGGGGGCGACAAGGACACCAAGUCGGGCCCCCUGAAGCUGAGCGACAUCGGCGUGGAGGACAAAUCGAGUUUCAAGCCGUACUCCAAACCUGGCUCGGAUAAGAAGGAGCCAGGAGGCGGCGGCGGGGGCGGCGGCGGCGGGGGCGGCGGCGGGGGUGUUUCGGCAGAGAAGUCUGGAUUCCGGGUACCGAGCGCCACCUGCCAGCCAUUCACGCCCAGGACAGGCAGCCCCAGCUCCAGCGCCUCGGCCUGUUCGCCCGGCGGCAUGCUGCCCUCGGCCGGGGGCGGCCCAGAGGGCAAGGACGACAAGAAAGACGCUGACGCGGGCGGUGGCGGCAGCAGCAAGGGUGCCGGGGGCGCCUCGGCGGAAGGGGGACCCACCGGGCUGGCGCACGGCCGGAUUAGCUGCAGCGGCGGAAUUAAUGUGGACGUCAACCAACACCCGGAUGGGGGUCCCGGAGGCAAGCCCCUAGGCUCUGACUGCGGCGGCUCCUCGGGCUCCAGCUCUGGCUCGGGCCCCAGCGCACCCACCUCCUCCUCGGUGCUGGGCUCUGGGCUGGUGGCUCCAGUGUCUCCCUACAAGCCAGGCCAGACAGUGUUCCCUUUGCCUCCCGCGGGCAUGACCUACCCAGGCAGCCUGGCCGGGGCCUACGCCGGCUACCCUCCCCAGUUCCUGCCACACGGCGUGGCACUGGAUCCCACCAAGCCCGGCAGCCUGGUGGGGGCACAGCUGGCUGCGGCAGCGGCCGGCUCUCUGGGCUGCAGUAAACCGGCCGGCUCGAGCCCUUUGGCCGGGGCGUCGCCACCGUCUGUGAUGACAGCCAGUUUGUGCCGGGACCCGUACUGCCUCAGUUACCACUGCGCCAGUCACCUGGCAGGGGCAGCAGCCGCCAGCGCCUCUUGCGCUCAUGAUCCCGCCGCUGCGGCCGCAGCGCUCAAAUCCGGAUACCCACUGGUGUACCCCACGCACCCACUGCACGGCGUGCAUUCCUCGCUAACGGCCGCUGCCGCUGCGGGCGCCACACCGCCUUCCCUGGCUGGCCAUCCCCUCUACCCUUAUGGCUUCAUGCUCCCUAACGACCCUCUCCCCCACAUCUGCAACUGGGUGUCGGCCAACGGGCCGUGCGACAAGCGCUUUGCCACGUCCGAAGAGCUGCUGAGCCACUUGCGGACCCAUACGGCCUUCCCUGGGACAGACAAACUGCUGUCGGGCUACCCCAGUUCGUCCUCUCUGGCCAGCGCCGCGGCGGCAGCCAUGGCUUGCCACAUGCACAUCCCCACGUCCGGCGCCCCAGGCAGCCCAGGGACGCUGGCGCUGCGCAGCCCCCAUCACGCGCUGGGACUCAGCAGCCGCUACCACCCCUAUUCCAAGAGCCCGCUCCCCACACCCGGCGCCCCGGUGCCGGUGCCCGCCGCCACCGGACCCUACUACUCUCCCUACGCCCUCUACGGACAGAGACUGACUACCGCCUCCGCACUGGGGUAUCAGUGAGGGCUGCCGGGAGGGUUACCGAGCGAAAGGAACUGGGGGAGGGGAGGAGCCCAGGGAGGGGCGGGAUCCCGGCGGAGGCUGUUGACACCCGCGAGUGGGGAAGACCCACGCUACCGAAGGAAAAAAAUAUAUAUAUACCGUAUGUACCUAUCUACCCAUCAACAGCGAACGAGACCCGGUGGGAAACUCCCCUUUCCCCUACUUCUCACCUCCCCCACCCAAACUUUAUAAAAGUUGAAAAAAAAUAUCAUUUGACUUUUUAUAAAAAAAGGAAGGAAAAAAUUGAGAAGGUGUUCAUCUGAGGACUUCAUCGGUGGACACUGGUAUUUAUUUAUGUUAGCUCCAAGCGGACCCGUGGUUCAAAAGUGCAUUAUUUAGUUUGAGCUCCGUAGGUAAAAAGGAGGAGGGAAACUUUUUUUUUUAACUUGAGGGUAAAAAUGUGGAAAACAAACCCUCCCAUCCCUUGUAGAUUAUAAAUAAAAACAAAACCGCCACAGAACUAGAGGUCUUCUCUUUAAUGUUACUUUAAAAUUGCUAUGAUUGUAUCGUACGUUCUUAUUUAAUGUCUGACUGAAACACAAAUUUACAUGCAUGUUUGUUACAAAAA